AUGUUUGAAUGCAGUCGUAACUGUUUGCAUAGCGCAGACAAUGAAUGCUACUCACGGUCGUAUAUAUUUACAAUUUCUCGCAAGGAAACGUGCAUAGUUUCACGAUUAUCGGGGCCCGUAAAAAGAACUGAAUACGUUUCAGUUUUAAUGAGCAUGCCCUUUCAAGGUUGCGGAUGUGUUAGUGAUCCUACCGUGAUUGAGUGGGUCGCUAUUCGAUGGAUUCCUGUAGUUAUAAUUGUGUGCGCGAUCGGAUGGGGUUACUAUGCAUACGUCGUCGAAUUAUGUAUUAAUACAGUGGACAAUAACAUUCAGCGGGUGUUCUAUUUAUUUUUCUUUCACGUUUUCCUUAUUUUGUUCGGUGUUUCGUAUUAUCGCACGAUAUUCUCGCCUUUACGUCUACCCCCUUCGAUCGUGAGUGAAUUAUCGAGUUUUCAAGCAUUUUCAAUUAAUUACAGUUUAUUUACCAAGAGGAAUCUAGGGACAUGGCUUUCAUUUUUAAGGCAAUACGUUAUUGAACGUGUUUUGGACUUGAAUUUCGAAAUAUGUAAACUUUAA